UGAACCAACAGACACGGUGGCUGAUUUGCUGAAACAGGGCACCUCACUUGGUCUCAGGAAGUUUGGUUCUGUUUUCAAGUUAUCUCUACACCCGACGUGGGGCUCGAACUCAUGACCCCAAGAUCAAGAGUCACACGCUCUACCGACUGAGCCGGCCGGCCAGGUGCCGUGGUGCUGGGCGGUCUUAAAAGGCUUUAAUAUGGGCUGGGCACAAGGUGCGGAAGGGGUGAGAAGACAGUCCAGGCACAGGAAAGAAAGAAAGAAAAGGGUCUAUCGGAGUGAAAGGUGGAGUGGAGCAUUAAGAGACGGGGCUGGACACGUGGGCAAGGGUCAGAUCACAUAGGACCCCGGAGGCCAUGUCAGGGAGGCCCUGUAGGCAGUUCUGGAAGACCACUCUGGUGGAGGAUGGGGGCAAGGGAGGUCAGGGUGUCAGGAGACCAGCUGGGAGGAUGUUGAUGUGAAGCCGGAGAGAAGAGCUGGUGUCCCAGACUUGGCAUGGCGGCAGCGGGGACGGAAAGAAGCCAACUUGGGAGAGAUCAGGAGGUAGAGCCAGCAGGACUUGGUGACAGGUUGUGUGGGGGGUGAAGAAGGGAAGAGGCAAGGAUGACCAUCAGGGAUUCUAUUUGUACUGACUGAAUAGCUGAGUGCGGUCGGGGGUGACCGUGCUGUUCACGGGUCGGACAACACGGGCGGGUCACCUAUUUGGAGAGAUGAUGAGCUUAGCUUUGAACAUGUUGUUUUAAUGGUCGUGGGACACCCACGGAAUCCAACAUGCAGUGGGACCUGGAUGUCGGGUCUCUGGAGAGGGGUCUGGGUCAGAGCAGAGGUGAGCUGCUGGGGCGGGUGUGCGGGGUUGGACAGCCAGGGAAUGAACGAGAGCAAUGUUGAGUGUUCGUGAAGCACAAGAAAAGGAGAGAGCCAACGACCGGGCUCAGCGGGGAGGCUGGCUUUCCACGAAGAACAGAGGAAGGGAAUCUACGGAGAUCGAGAAAGGCCAGAGAAGUCAGCAGGAAACGAGUGGCAUGAGGGGCCGUGGGUACGCAGUGCAUUAAGUGAGUAAGAUCAUAAUGGGAAGUGUCCGACAGCUAGAGGGGUGGGGGGCACUGGUGACCUCGACCACAGUGGAGCCAGUGGGUGGGGGAACCCGUGCUGGAGAGCGGGAAGGCAGAGGGCGGUCAGGGUUAAAAUUGGCAACGGCGAAGGGGAAGCAAGUGGCAGCUGGAGGCUGGACUCAGGGGUGGUUGGAGGACUCCGCUCCCAACCCACCACGUGGAGAUGGGAAGUGGGAGAAAGAGAGCCACAAGGAGGGCUGGGGACGGUUGUGGAAGGAGGUGAUAAGGGCCUGUGUCCGGGAGGGUCACCGUUCCCGGGUCACAGGAGGGAGUCCCUAUCGGACCAGCACUUCCUCCCCAUGCCCACCCCCUUCCUGCCCAUGCCCAGGCUCUCCUUGGAGCUGGAAGACAGCAGGGCAGAGUCACACCCUGUGAGCAGCUCUGUGCCCUCGGAGGUCCUUCUGCAUGCCUGUCCCCAUGCCUCUCCUCUUGCUGCUGCUCCUGCUGCCACACCCGUCGUACCCCCAGGAGGUCUGUGAGGUCUCCCAGGUGACCACCCUGAUGGAAGUGAACUGUGACAACAGGGGCCUGAAGGUGCUGCCCACGGAUCUGCCAGGAGACACGGCCAUCCUCCACCUGAGCGUGAACCCCCUGGGCGCCUUCUCCACAGCGUCCGUGCAGUCUCUAACCCGGCUGGCACGACUGUACCUACGUCAGAGCCAGCUAACCCACCUGCAGCUGGAGGGUACGCUGCCUCGGCUGGAGAAGCUGGUUGUGUCCCACAAUAAGCUGAAGAGCCUGCCCUUGCUGGGACAGGCACUGCCGGCCCUCACCAUCCUGGACGUCUCCUUCAACGAGCUAACAUCACUGUCUCCCAGCGUUCUGAGCGGCCUGGGCGAGCUCCGUGAGCUCUACCUGCGUGGCAACAAGCUCAAGACUGUGCCCCCGGGGCUCCUGCAGCCCGUGCCCCAGCUGGAGAAGCUCAGCCUGGCUGACAACAAGCUGAAUGAGCUGCCCCUGGGACUCCUGGAUGGGUUGGGGAAGCUGGACACCCUCUACCUCCAAGGGAACUGGCUGCGCUCCGUACCCAAGGGCUUCUUUGGGAACAUCUUCCUGCCUUUCACUUUUCUCCACAACAACCCCUGGUCCUGCGACUGUGAGAUCCUCUAUUUUGCUCGCUGGCUAGACAGAAACUCCGACAAGGUCUACUUGUUCAAGGAGGGUGUAGAUGCCAAGGCCAUGACGCCCAACGUGGAGAGCGUGCGAUGCGUCAACCUGGCCAACACGCCCGUCUACACCUACCCAGGGAAGGGCUGCCCCAGUCUUGGUGAUGAGGAUGACCUAAGCUAUGAUGACUAUGAGAACGAGGAAGAGGUGGGACAGGUCUCUGCCACACGGGCUGUGGUCAAGUUCUCCACCAACACCAGAGCCCACACAACCCAGUGGGCCCCGACGCACUCAGUAUCCGAGGCUUCCCCACACCGCCACGUGCCCCAUCUGCCUUCCACCCUCGCGUCUGUGAAGAACCAGAGCCUGCUCCCAACCGCGCCAGAGCCCAGCAUGGCCACCGCGCCCCGCUCCCCACCCCCCACCCCCCUAAAGCUCACCAUGUCCCACCCCAUACCCUCCACCACGCCCCCUACCAUCCUGAAGCCCACCAUGCCCCGGCCCAUGACCUCAACCACCUCAGGGCUCAUCACUUUUACCACGCCCCAGACCACCCCAGAGCCUACAAUGACCUCCACCAUGGCCCCCACCACCCCUCAGCCCCCCAUCACAAAUCCAACCACCCAAGAGCUCAACACAACUUCUACCAUGCCCCCAACCGCUCCAGAGCCUACAACGACCUCCACCAUGGCCCCCACCACCCCACAGCCCCCCAUCACAAUUCCAACCACCCCAGAGCUCAACACAACUUCUACCAAGCCCCCAACCACCCCAGAGCCCACUACGACCUCCACCAUGCCCCCGAUCACCCCAGAGCCCACAACGACUCUAUUUCUCUCUGAACUGACCACAUUCUUUGAGAUCCCCAAAUUAACCUCACUCCCUACCAUUUUGGGAUACCCGAUAAGCCCCUCAUCUGUCCACCUCCCAGGGGCCCAUGAGGUGGUUCGGGGGCAUCCGGAGAGCUCCAGAAAUGACCCUUUGUUCAACCGUGACUUCUGCUGUCUCCUCCCCCUGGCCUUCUAUGUGCUGGGUCUCCUCUGGCUUCUGUUUGCCUCUGUGGUCCUCAUCGCGCUGCUGGCCUGGGCCCGGGAUGCGGAGUCACGGGCCCUGGCCACAGCCACACACACGACACAUCUGGAGCUUCAGAGGGGAAAGCAAGUGACUGUGCCCCGGGCCUGGCUGCUUUUCUUUCAAGGGUCCUUCCCUACUUUCCGCUCCAGCCUCUUCCUGUGGGUACGGGCUAACGGCCGCAUAGGGCCUCUGUGGGCAGGACGACGGCCCUCGGCCCUGAGUCUGGGUCGGGGUCAGGACCUGCUGGGCACAGUGGGCACUAGAUACGCAGGCCACAGCCUCUGAGGGUGGGCAGUUUGGGGACCUGCAGAGGCUGUGAUGGCUUUCCUCCUUGGAUCUAGGUGGGGGUGGGUGAGCAAGGAGUAUGGGGUCGGGGGGAGGCCUUCAUCACUUUUCCUUUACCAGAAACCUCCUCUUCACAGCACACACACAACCUCAAACGCACAACCACGGCCAGGCAGCAGGGGUGGAGAGGAACGGGCAGGUCACAGAACAAAGCUCCUGGUUCCGGGACCACUAGGUCAUUACCGUCACCUUGGGGAAAGCUUGAGGGAAAAGCAAAGGGAACAGAGCAGGAUUCUCACACACAUACAAGGGAGGGAACUGGGAAAGUGCCGUAUGGAGACGGGGCCCUGAUAGUCGCUGGGGAGCACAAACAUGGUGGUUUCCUUUUCUUUCCCCCUGCUGGGCAUUUCCUAGUUUUCCAGCCUUGUAUGGUAUUUGCAGAAUAAAAACAAAAUAAAACAACAACAA